GAUUCAUAUCCUUGAUAUAUGUAAAAGGAUGAAAUUCGAAACACAGUAUUAAAUAGAAAAACUACACCUUUCCUUAUUCAACAAAUGAAGUUCUUCUGAGGUUUAUAUAAAUAAUCUGGCUAAAUGUGUCCAACAUUUAAUGAAUUAAUAAACACAUUCACAGCGACACACCGACUCCUCUCAAAUAAUUUCAAUAUGCCAAAAGGCAGAGAAAACUGCUUGGAGAUUGUGAAAGCAAACUUGCUAGUCCUUUUGACAUUAGUAGGGGCUGCAAUUGGAUUCAUUAUAGGUGUGAUUGUUCGGAAUACAAACCCAACAGACAGUACACUAAUGUGGGUUGGUAUUUUAGGAGAGGUUUACCUAAACAUGUUGAAAAUGAUGAUUGUUCCUCUGAUAGUAGCUUCAGUCAUAACAGGAACAGCAACUCUUGACCCUAAAUCUAAUGGAAAAAUAAGUUUAGUGUGUCUUGGUUAUAUUAUGUCUAUGAAUUUCCUUGGUUGCAUAGUUGGAAGUAUACUUUGCAUUAUUGUCCGACCAGGGGAAAUUGCUAAAACAGAAGUCCAUGCAUUCAACUCAGUUCCUUUAGAAACGGAGGAUAUUUUUGCCGAUUUACUGAGAAACAUUUUUCCUGGCAAUUUGAUAGCUGCGACAUUUCGCAAGACAAUGACGAGCUAUGAUACAGAACAACACAGGGUUAAUGAAACAGUAAAUGGGACAAUCGUAGAAGUCAUAAAAACUGUGGUUACUGGCAAAAAUCUAUCGUCUGCUAAUAGUACAAAUAUUCUAGGUAUUUUGAUUGCUUGUGCUGUUUUCGGAAUUGCUACAGCAUCAGCAAAAGAAAUUGGACAACCUUUCUUCAAAUUCUUCUACUCAGCUACUGAAAUUAUCUUACUGAUUUUAGGAAAGCUAGUUUGGUUCACACCAUUUGGUGUUGCAAGUUUGAUUGGUAAAACUAUUGGAGGAACAAAGAACUUGGAGGACGACUUCAGUAGACUAGGUUUAUAUAUAGCAACUCAAAUGAUUGGUUAUUUACUCGUGGUUAUAGCAGCAGUACCAAUUACGUAUUUCACUCUGAUGAAAAUGAAUCCGUUCAAAUUCCUUUUCACAUUGGUUAAUGCUUUUGUUAUAGUGUUUGCUACUUCUAGCACAGCCAUGGCUAUUCCUGAGAGUAUUCGGCAAUUAGAAGGACCAAACAAAGUGGAUCGUAGAGUGACUCGAUUUAGUAUACCCUUAUGUGCUGCUAUUGGACGGUGUGGAAGCUGUAUUUACAUAAGUAUAUCCUGUUUGUUUGUCAUGCAAAUCACUGAUCAGGAUGUGGACGCUGCUUCAGUUAUUUUAGUAAUCAUUUUGACAGCAUUUUCGUCCUUGGCUGUACCGUCUGUGGCCGGGGCAAGCUUGAUUACUGUGAUCAUCCUACUUACAGCACUAAAUAUCCCACCGGAAGCGGCAGCUCUUCUUUUCUCAUUCGAAUGGCUUCUAGACAGAAUGAGGUCAUGUACAAACUACAGCGUACAAUCGACCUGUGUAGUGGUUACACAGAGGCUGUGUUUGUCUUCGUUAAUUUCUGAAAACAAAGAUGAGGAAGACAUUCCGGAAAUAAAUGAAAACGGCAAUGGAAUACAACUAGCGUUGGUGGUUGAUGAUGACAAACACUUACAAGAGUAAACGUUUAUUCAAUGCCUUUGAUACCAUUUGCUUUAUUUCCCUUAGCCUAGCAAUAGUUUGUAGCUUGCAAUAUCUUUAAAAUGGGUUUUAUUUGAUCAGCAUACCAAGUCUGUUAUAAUCCAUAAAAAUGGACUCAAUAUAUUUGACCAAUAAUUUGUAUUGUUAAACAACAAAUGAAUGUGUCUGAGGACAUGAAUUCCCUCGCUUACAUGUAAGCUUUGCAAGUUAAAACAGGGCGUUAUUCUAGAACGGUGAAUAACUCACAACCCAAAUUCGUCAUCUGUCUGCCUUAUGUAGAUAAACUCAUCAUAGAUACCAGUACUGAAAUAAGUAUAUACACCAGCCGCGCGUUUCGUCUACAAAUGAAUCAUCAGUGACGCUCGAAUCCAAAAAAGUUAAAAAGGCCAAAAAGUAAGAAAUUGAAGAGCAUUGAGAACCAAAAUUCCUCAAAGUUUUGCCAAAUACAGCUAAGGUAUUGUUUAAAGCAUAGUAUAUGAGUUUUAUUAAAUAUGAUUUAGAAAAAGU